AUGUCUGCAUCACUCGAUGCUCGGCUUCAGAGUGCCUCCUGCAAUGUGGAUCAGUUCCAGCCUGGCAGCGUAUUAGCGAUAACUCUAAUCACGACGCUGGGCAACGACGCGUCGACUCUCACUUCUGCCCAACUCGUCUCUGCAAUCUCCAGUGGCUCCACCAUUUUACAGGCCCAGACUGCAGACAUGAGCUCGGACUCUCUCUUCUUCUAUCACCUUGACCCCAUCUUGGCCCCAAUUAUUGUGCAGAAUUUUACGCUGCGCUACCGCGGCCCGGGUUCGAGUCCACCUGAGGGUACUGAUGCGAAGAGGGACUUCUUCGCACAACACAACAGUCUGUCCUACGCGGUAAUCCUUUUUUGGCUUCUGGUGAGAUUACAUCACAAAUUCCUUCCAAUCAACUUAUUCUUCGAAAUGGACCGUCAUGCCACAAUAGAUCACUUGGGAAUUGUUCGAAGCCCCGUUUUAAUUUGUGCCAGUAAUUUAAUAUUGCAAAUGCUCUCCAUUUUGGCCCCCCCCCCGCCGCUAAUUUCAGGUCUUUCUGGUUCCCAAAACUGUUCCACGAUGGCUGCCAACUUCUGUUCGCCCUUCUCCUACUGCCUGGACAGAAGCCCAGGCUUCCAGUGCAUUUGCAACGCUUUCUACGAAGAUGUUCCUCAAAAUGCUACCAUCCUGUCGUCUGGCUCGGAUUGUCAAUGUAGGCGAUUCGAUCGCAAUUCCACCUUUUCCCUUACGCCCUGA